CUAGCGCUUCAAUAACCAGCAGGCUAUGAAGGGAUUCGUGGUAGGGUAAGGUCUGGUGUACUGCUACAUAUUCAAGUUUAUUGUAUACUUUUACGAGUUUUGCUGUUUUUUGGUUACCGCAUCCACGUAAGCGGCGCGCUACCAGCUAAGGAAGAAGAUCUGUGCUUACGUAUUUUUAUUGAGCCGUUUUAUGAGUGAUCUGUUUGGCUCGAGGGUGGCUGCUCUUACAGUACAAUGAUCGAGAGAGCCGAGUCUGCAGUGUCCGGCAUAGCGCAGAGAAACCUGGAGGGAUAUGUGGGUUUCGCCAACCUCCCCAACCAGGUGUACAGGAAGUCCGUGAAGAGGGGGUUCGAGUUCACGCUGAUGGUCGUAGGUGAAUCUGGACUGGGAAAAUCCACCCUCAUCAACUCGCUCUUUCUCACCGACCUGUACUCCAAGGACUACCCUGGACCCUCGCAUCGCAUCAAGAAAACUGUGCAGGUGGAACAGUCCAAAGUCCUGAUCAAGGAAGGUGGGGUUCAGCUGACACUCACCAUAGUGGACACGCCAGGCUUUGGGGAUGCCGUGGACAACAGCAAUUGUUGGCAGCCUGUCAUUAACUACAUCGACAGUAAAUGCGAGGACUUCCUGAACGCUGAAUCCCGGGUCAACCGAAGACUCAUGCCGGAUAACAGGGUCCACUGCUGCCUGUACUUCAUUGCCCCCUCUGGCCACGGCCUGAAGCCCCUGGACAUCGAGUUUAUGAAGCGGCUCCAUGACAAAGUCAACGUGAUCCCCCUGAUCGCCAAGGCAGAUACCUUAACACCCGAGGAGUGUCAGUUCUUUAAGAAACAGAUUAUGAAAGAAAUCCAGGAGCACAAGAUCAAAAUCUACGAAUUCCCUGACACUGAGGAUGAUGAGGACAACAAGCUUAUCCGCAAGAUCAAGGACAAAAUGCCUCUGGCCGUGGUGGGCAGCAACGUGGUCAUCGAGGUGAACGGCCGCAAAGUGCGAGGACGCCAGUACCCCUGGGGGGUCGCAGAAGAGGGCGUUUUCGUUGAGAAUGGGGAGCACUGUGACUUCACUGUACUUCGUAACAUGCUCAUCAGGACUCACAUGCAGGACCUGAAGGAUGUGACCAACAAUGUACACUAUGAGAACUAUCGCAGUAAGAAGCUAGCAGCUGUCACCUGCAACGGCAUCGACGCCACCAAGGCCAAGGGCCAGCUGACCAAGAGCCCCCUGGCACAGAUGGAGGAGGAGAGGCGGGAGCAUGUGAUGAAGAUGAAGAAGAUGGAGAGUGAGAUGGAGCAGGUCUUUGAGAUGAAGGUCAAGGAGAAGAAGCAGAAGCUGAAAGAUUCUGAGGCCGAGCUGGAAAGACGCCAUGAGCAGAUGAAGAAGAAUUUGGAGGCCCAGUAUAAGGAACUGGAGGAGAAGAGGCGUCAGUUUGAGGAGGAGAAGUCCAACUGGGAGGCUCAACAGCGCCUGCUGGAGCAGCAGAAGUUGGACGCCUCAAAGACCAUGGAGAAGAAUAAGAAGAAGGGCAAGAUCUUCUGAGUCUCUUUUGGUUGUCCUCAGAUGCUCCGUUUUACAAGCUUUCAUUCCUCACUGAUUACAUCACCCAAGUCUCACGCACACACACAAACACACAAACACACAAGAAAAACAUGCAUGUGCACAAUGUUCACCUUUAAUCAAGCAGGAAUAUUCCAAGCUACCUGCACAUCAACAACACAAACACACACAUAUUUAAAUGCACACUUUCUCAGACAGACACACACACACACACACACACACCCCACCUGUUCAAGAAGGAGACACAGGGUAUAUCCACCCAGUACCCCAAGUAACAUGUGUUCGUCUCUGUCUUUUCAAGGAUGCAAGUGUGUCUAAGUUCUGCGUUUAUGAUGAAGAGGAGCUGUGAGAACUCCUCUAAACCAAGAGGAAGUGACAUUUUGUGUGUUAGGCAGGACCGUAGCUAUGGCUGACACACUGGGAGUGAUUUCCAGAAUGCCCAAGCUACACACAGACAUUAUGCCCCUAGGCAGCCACCAGAGGGUGCUGUUGUGGAACUGCUUUUCACAGUUAGAGAGACAAAUCCACACCACCACUAGGCCAGGUAAUAUUGAGCACUCUUGACAAGAAAUGCUCAUUUAUUCAUGUCAGUCCCAGAAAUGAAAGUGACUGAGAGGUUUGACGGAGGUGAAAACAAGGAGUUGAACAUGUGUCUGCUUACUCCUCUCAGGGAGCAAGUUUUAUUUUCCACUAUGGGUUUUGAGUAGAUCAGUGGGAUCGUGAGUGCGUAGACGGGCCUAUGAAUAUGCAUUACACACCGAGUACUGGGCUGAACAGCGUGAGAUCAAUAUGCAGGCAAGCUGAAGUGUUCAGUAGUCAUCCCACUGCCAUUUCCUCUGCGUGUAUAUGUUUGUGUGUGUGUGCGUGUGUGUGAGGUGGUGUGGAUUUGUACCGGUGUGCCACACUUGUCCUCGUGUGUCCAUCGCUUCCAUCAGUCAAUAACAUUCUCUCCCAUACAAGAAAUAAGCCCAGUAGAAAACCAGUUAAAAUAUAUCCAAAAAUGACAGCGGUCGUCACUUUGACCAUUGAGUAGACGGUGUUGUCUGGAUGUCUUUUCACACUUACAGUGAUGCCUCCCUUUUCAAGCCCACCUGCACCUGACCCAUCCCCGAAGCUUGUGGUUGGUGCCAGCUCACUAGAGGGACGAUCUGCGUACGGGGCUCGUAGUUCAUGGUUCUCUCUCUCUCUCUCUCUUUUCUUUUCUUUUGUGUGCUAGCUCCCAGCUUCCUCCUGAGGCUGCCAAGUGCUUUUCAGCUUGUUUUCUCUGUUCAGAUCUUAACUGAUAACCCAGAUAGUCUAGUAUGUUCCUGUAACCUGUCCACCUGUGCAGCUGGUUUUCUGGCCAUGAACAGACAUCUCACCCGGAGGUUCUCAGUCAGGUGUCUGGGACAGCGUGGUGCUUUGCCCUUAGAUGCACCUUUCAUUAAGAACACGUUCGCUCUGGUCAUCAUUUAGACCUCAUUUUCAGAGUUCCUGCAGGAUUCACUUUAUGAAUGGAGGGUCGUUGUUGGCCAGUGAUGUUGUCAUUUCUUGUGCAGACCUUGCUAUUCCCAAGCAUUCCCCUGCCUUUUCCAUGCAAAGUGGUGCUUUUCCAUAGUACACAUUGCUAAAAUUUUAAUAAUUAUUUUUUAUUAAUAUAUGUAUACAGUUUUAAAUAUUUGUUCAGUUUUUUUUUCACUUAUCACCCAUUCUAUUUUCUCUAACUGUACAUUAUCAAUAUUAAAGAUGAGAAGGUUAUGCAAUG